AUGAAAUCGGCUUCAACCCACACUGCGCAUAUCUUGUCUCGUAUUGGUACUAAUACGUUUGCACCACAUGGUUGUUGUGCUAGGAACGUAAGGAGGAGAGAAGGCACCACACAAAUGUCGACAUCCCAAGCAAAAGAUGUCCAACCAUCUGUUCCAGCUCCAGAACAAAUUCGACGAGAUGCAACCAGUAUCUUGUUGUCCAUAUUAACACCAGAACAACAUGCAACGUUAUUGGCAGAACUGCAACAAAAAUCCCAAGCGACUCUGACACUGGAACAAGUUAUGCAAUCGUUAAGCGGUCCAGUUGAGCUAGCUACUCAACAAAAAGAACCUUCACAAGUUGAACCACCCCGUGCUGUGACUCCAGUUGAACCGAGUGUCUCCUCAGCUGAUGCAUCAGAAUCUCCUGUCGAAAGUGGUGAAUCUCCUGGAUCCCGUGAACGAUCCCGUACUCCAUCAGAGGCAUCGGACGCUGACCCAGUGGAAUAUGUUCCCACCAGCAAAAAUAAUUCUCCAAUGAAAAUUGUAGACAAAUCGAUGGAACGCUUGUCGACCAAAGAACAUAAUCACGAUUUAAGUAAAUAUCAAGUUUCUGAUGUGUCGUUUGACAAGUUUUCUAAAUGGAAGCAGUCCGAAAAAAAAUGUCGUUCCCGAAAGCGAAAAGUCAAAGAAGCAAAACAACCGGUGCCAGAAACGACAGAAGAGGUUGUCCAGGAACUAUGCCAGACAGUGAAGGAUCUGGAUACCGAUAGGAACGAGCAAAACAAACCCAAAAAUCAAAAUAUAUUUUCUUUUGAUCAGGACCUUCACAUCGAGAUGGAUGAUCCAGAAGAUGAAGAGAUAGAACAGGAGGAAGGGGAAAGGCAACAGGCAGAGACUCAUCGCGAACCUGACGAAAUGGAUCAAGAAGAAGAAAGUGAUGAUGAAGCUGUGGAGAGAAUGGUGAAUAAAUGCUCAUGGAUUCAAAAGAUGUCGCUUCAGGCAGAGGAAGAAAGAUGGAAAUCUAUGCCAGAUCCUGAACUUGCAGAAGGUUCCAGCAGUCAAGAACCUGAACCUAUCAAAGAAACUGAAGCAUCCUAUGACCCGGAUGAUCCAUUUAGUGUUGGUUAUCCAGGAACAAUUCAAGCGUCCGAAAUACCUGGUUUGGCCGAAUUUAUUGACAAAGUUAAUAAAGAUCCUCCUCCAAUUAAACCACCUGUAGAAGAAAAAGAAGAAGAUGAUGAUGACGUACCAUGGUGGCGUAAGGGAUCAGAUGGGACGGACUCGGAUGAGAGUGAUUCGGAGGGUUCUAUUGAUUUCAAAUCACCGCCUCCACGUUUUCGUGAAGCUGAAACAUGCAUGGAUCCAUGGAACCAUUAUCCACCUAAAGAAUCAGACUUCCACAAUUAUGUAUAUGUGCCUCCAGAAGGUUUGACCGAUGAAUUGUACCGCGACUUAUGGUUCUCUUACUGUGGUUACAAAUCAAUCAAGCCAGAUCCGAGUAUAAAACUCAUCCGCAGAGAGAGAAAUAUUCACGCGAGAUGGGUGAUGGCGGAACCACGCAGAAUCCCAGGAUGGAAUUACCCGAAAUUUGACCCUGAGGAGUUGGAACGGAAGAUUCAAGCAUGGGAAGAAAGGCGACACUAUGCGACGGAUGAUGAGGAGAGAGAAGACCCAAUUGAUUAUUCUACCAUGACUAUCAAAUACUGUUAUGAUGGAGAAGAAUGUAGUGAGGAGGUUUUCAAUGAGAAGGAAAGACUUUUAAAAGAGAAACUCGAAAGGAUCCGAAAUGGAACUCAACCUGAACCAGAGAGAGUUCAGAUUAAGAUGAGAGAGAAGCAAGAAGCGGAUCGGAAAUCGUUGGAGAAAAAGAAAAAGGCAGAGGAGAAAAAAGCUGCAGCUAAGAAGAGAGGACGAAAACCAAAAACACGUUCAGAUGCCGUUGAUCCUGAGGAUGAACCUGUGGAAAUAAUUAGACCUAUGGAAUUAACUACGGCUAACCUUGCGGCCUUUCUUGGAAAGGAUCUCGAGAAAAUGAAGCAAAAUAAAGCAAAACGACAGAAAGUUAUUGAUCUUGAAAAACCAAUCGUUGUAGUAGAUCUAGAACCGGAACCGGCAGUAGUCACACUGGAUGAUGAAAUGCCUGAUGAGUUGAUUAUCUCUCCAGAUGAAUUAUGUGUGGUCGGUGAGGUUAUUACUCGAUCUGAUGGAAUUGAAAUUCUAGAAAAUGUUCCUACUCCAAUGGAACCAGAAUUGACUGAAAUGGAUGUUCCACCAGCGGUAGCUUUCGAAGAAAUUCAACACGAAGAAGAAGAAUACCAUAUUGAUUCGGAGGAAAUGUUCCACGUGGAACAACCAACUCUGGAGGAGACUGAAGAUGGUGUUCCAGCAAUUCCAAUUGAAAAUCCAACUGAGCAAUUAGAAGACUUCAAUGAAUCCAUCUUGAAAUCCCCAGAAUCAGAACAAAGUGUUAGUCCAGCACCUGUCAGAGAAAUCAGUCCAGACACCGAAAUGCAUCUUUUGGGAACACAAGCACUGAUUCAUGAUGAAGAAUUUGCUGCCCCAACUGUUGGCAGACCAGCUCCGGACAUUCUGAAAGAGCUUGAUACAGAUUUUGAUAUUCCAGUGGAAACAGAAACAGUGCAGGAGCCCGUAUCGUUCUCUCCAGCUUCAGAAUUCGAGAAAUCACCAUCCCCAUCUACUCUUCUUGAUGCCAUCGAAUCGACCGAUUAUGCAGUGUCUCCAGAACUAGAACUUGCCUCUUCGCCUCUCAAUAUUCUUGAAAAAUCUCCUUCUCUAUCUGCUCUGCUCGAUGAAGACCUGCUCAACGAAAAACCACAAGCAGGAAUUCUGGCAAAGGAGUACACAGUUGAUGAGCUGCUUGGAGAAUAUGGAGAAUUAAAUGAAGUCGUUGAUACUGUAACGGCUGAUAUUGAGCAUGAACUUUUGGAUGAUCUAUUAGAGGAGCCAGCUGAUGAUACGCCGAAGCAGGCUGAGGAGCCGAUGGAACCAGAGGUUGCUGCUUUUGAAACGAUAGAAAAUGUAGCUGAGCCAGCCAAAAUGGCACCCGAGAAGAUUGCACGACCAAUUGACAUGCCUAUGCAGGUUGAGGAGCCAAUUCCAGAGUUUGCUGAACCACAGAUUUCUGCUCCGGAAACAAUCGCACCUCCUGUAAGUGAGGAUGAUCCAGUGGAGGAGCCAACUGGUGACAGGCCCACUGUAGACCCAAUUGAACCAGUAAUUGAUGCUCCGGAAACAAUUGAACCUGUGGCUGAGCCAGCCAAGAAGGCACCCAAGAAAUGCGGACGACCAAAGAAGAGGGUUCCACCAAAGAGAGUUUUCAAAAAACCAGCUGUGGAGGUAGCAGCAGAGGCAGCACCGGAGGCGGAAGAUGAAGAAGAAAAGGAGGAGAUUACCGUAAGAACCACAAGAAGCAGAGCAGAUGGAUCAAAAGCAGCAAUACCGGCAGAACCAGAAAAGAAGAAGAGAAAGCGACGCGGCGAUUCUCCACCACCUCAACCAUCCCAAGCAAUUAGAGCUAAACGGUUGUAUCUCUCGAAAAAUAACCCAGUACCGAUUAUACGUGCCAAGGUGCCUGAGGAAGAAUCAACACCUGCGACACCAAUUAGACAGACUGGAGUUCUUGGAAAGGAGAAACCGACAGAGGAAGAAGAAACGGAUAUGAUGAAGCAACUGCCUGCCGCUCUUCAACACUUGAUGCAAGAUGAGGAUAUUGAGAAUCAAGAUGAGGAUUAUGACGGAGGCGAAGCUAUUAAAUCAGAAUUGGUAGACGAAUGCUGGGUCGCUCCAGCCCCAGUCAAACCGGGAUACAGAAAGUCAAGAAAGCGACAACGUGCAGAGCAAACUCAAAGAGUUAUCGAAGGAAUCAAACGAGAAGUCACUGUGGAUCCAGAAGUUGAAGUCACGAAGACACUCAUCCGGGAAGUUAAAACAGAAGUUGACACUGAUAUUCUUGUAUUGCAAGCGACUUACAACAUUUCUGAUAGUCUCGCCGAACUGGAACCAGAGAUGGCUCCAGUGAAAUUCAUCGAUCCUAAUGGAGAAAAGAAUCCCACACAUAAAUACUUGGUAACCAAGAAAUUAUGGGAAGGAGCUAACCAAGUGUUCCUUAGUGAUCCGAAGAAGUUCUCGCAGCUCGUAAUGCUUCUGAAUUCAGAUGUUCAGAAGAAAGGACGUGUUUUCAAUUUUUCGGUGUUGGUUGAAGAUAGAACUAGUGAAUUUGAGCCUGCAUUAAUCGAUUAUUUGUCAAAAAGCCCCAGAACUAUGACAGCAGAGCAACAAUCGUGUCUUAACUACAUGCAAUUCUCGAAGACCUUCCGUAGUAAAGCGUCCAUCCGACUCAAUGAUUGCCGAGUAACUGCUGUAACUCUUCAUCCACUGUUGGAAAAGAUUUCUGAAAUCAAGAAAGAGAUUAUGAAUAAUACACCGUCCGGACUGAUCGGAGAAGGAGAACGGGAUACUCUGGUUGCCACUGAGACUCUUCUUUCCGGGCAAUUUAUUGAGAGUUGCAUGAAAAUGGCCAGUCUCUCACAGGUUGCAUGGGCAACAGAAGCUCAUCUCAAACGACGAUUGGAAAUGGUUAUGGAUGGCUGGACAAUGUUCCUGCGUAAUGGUGGAUUUUUCCGUGUGCUUUUGGCACUUCAGAGAGGAGAUGUGAAGCCAAUUCGAGAUGAAUUCAGAACAUAUUGUAUCGAAUAUCUGGCAGAUAUCGAGAAGAAUUAUGAAAUAGCAAAGAAGUUUUUCGCGAUGAAUGAUGAAGGCGCGAUGGAGGCUCUUCGGGAAGAGACUAAGCUUACUGUAGAAGAUAUCGAAGCUUUAGACACUGAUAUUCGUGUGGAAUCUAGUGAAAGCCACACCUUCAAAUGCUCGACAUGUUUCUGUCAAGGCCAGAAUAUCCACUUCUCGUCCAAACAACUUCUGAAUCAACACGAAAAAAUUCACAGUUCGGAAACUGAAGAAUGUGGAAAGUGCUACGAAGACUUAUCAUCUUCUGACAUGGCAUUCCAUCGAAUCCUUCAUCAUGACUCAAUGCGAGUGGAGGAUAUUUAUUGA